CUAUCGAUCACAAUGACUAUAUGCCUAUGGUUGCGAGUAGCAAUUAAACUGUGUUUGUUUUUAUUCAUAAAUUGUGAGAGAAGAGAAGAAGAAAUACCCGAAGAGUUGGCAAUUUACACCAGCUAUGAGAAACUCAUCGCAUUCUUUCGUAACGAGAGUGAUCCUCUGGCAAAGGAAAUAUUGGAAACAUUUUUAAUGGAGUGUGCGAAUCCAGUGAUGCGAGAGAGAGCGGGGCACACUGUCAUGAGGCCAGUGAUCGUCAUCGAGGGCAACCACCGCUCUAGUAGAGAAAUGAUAUCUGCAGGUCUAGCAGAGAUGAUGAAUGCGAGACUACUUAGCCACCCUGCACCUUGUAUACACAGGUACCACAGCCAGAUACCUAAAGGUACCCUCCUCCGUAGAGCUUACUAUCUGCUCUCUGACUACGCCGUGUCGUUCUUUGCUAAAGGAAACUCCAACCGGCCUAUCGUGAUCAAUGGGUACUGGACAGAGAAGUUUGCAUUUACACUGGCGCAGUUUUAUGGCAACGAAUCAUUCCCUCCAAUCACAUCAGAUGUGUUCAACUGGCCUCAAGAACUGCUAAAGCCAGACUACAUCUUCUACCUCAACUUCCCCCAGACCCUGCUGCCCAGACAUGUGUCCACAAAAAACCCUGUCAGAUGGAAAAAGAGUGUUUGCAGGAUGGCAGAUGUGUUCGAGUACUUGAAAGUCCGUCACCCGAUCGUCAUCAAAGAUGUCAAGUCAUUGUUCAAACUCACCACUGAGGACAUACACAGACACAUCCGCAAGCACUUCUACGACAAGUUCCAAAACAUGAGGCAAUACUAUGACCAGUUCCAAAAUGCUAACAACUCUCAAAUACCAACUCACAGAUUUUUAUAGUGUAUACUCUUUUUUUAAUACAAAUAUAUUUUUAUAUAUACUGUAGUAAGUAAUACCAU